AUGGACUGCCCGUACAAUCUCGCCAACAACCGCCAGGUCCGCAUGCUGGCUGACCUCAGCCUGGUGGGAUGCUACAAUUUGUCCGUCAUGCCAGAAGAGCAGCGGAACAAGGUUCUUCUGGACAGUGCCAAGGAGAACCUGAAGCGGAUGGCUUUCUUUGGCCUGACGGAGUUUCAGAGGAAGACUCAGUACCUCUUUGAGAAGACGUUUAACAUGGUCUUCAUCUCCCCGUUCACGCAGUACAAUAGCACACGAGCCUCCAGUGUGGACAUUGACGAAGAGACCCAGAAGCACAUAGAGGCUCUCAAUUUUUUAGACAUGGAGCUGUAUGAAUAUGCAAAAGAUCUUUUCCUGCAACGUUAUCAGUAUAUGAGGCAGAAGGAGCACCAGGAGGCGAGGCGGAAGCGCCAGGAGCAACGGAAGAUCUGGAGAGCUAAGCAGGUCCACAGCAAGGAGCAGAGCAGCACAAAUGCAACAACUGACUACAUCGGGAGUGUGGAGCAGUGGCGAUAA